AAAUUAUUAAAAAUUAAAUUCAAAAAGAAAAAGAAAAAAACGUUUUGAGAAACCAAAACGAAAUAUUGGAAAAUGAAAAACAAGAACAAACCGGAAAAGGAGGGUACUUUAGGAUAUAGACGAACGUCGCUGAUUGGAUAAAGACUGUUAUUCACCUUUUCAACCAGAAGUUAUUUGUCAUGACGCGCUAUAAACAAAAGAUGAAUCGAAGUGGUGACUCUAACAUAGCUGCCGCUAUCAAAGAAUAUUUUAAUUCAGGACAUACCUACGAAGUCAUUCUGGAUCUUCUCCGUACUAAUCAUGAAACUUUUGUUAGUAUGCGGACAUUGAAAACGCAUUUGAAAAAGUCUGGACUGUUUAGAAGAACUAACUUUUCUCCACUUCACGAGGUGAGGCGUGCCAUUUUGACCGAGCUACGGGGACCAGGGCAAUUGUUUGGCUAUCGGACCAUGUGGCAAGUUAUCAAACAAAAACACAACCUUCGUGUCAAGCGUGAUUUUGUAAUGAGACUGAUGCGACAGCUGAAUCCUCAAGGACUUGAUUUAAAACGUCGCAGGAGAUUUACUAGACGCACGUAUCACUCUAUGGGCCCUAAUUACAUAUGGCAUGUUGACGGCUAUGACAAACUGAAGCCUUUUGGCUUGGCCCUCUCAGGAUGUAUAGAUGGCUUUUCAAUAAGAAUGAUGUGGCUCGUUUGUGGAUCAACAAACAACAAUCCAUCUGUAAUUGCUCACAAUUACAUAAACUGUUUCAGGAACCUUGGUGUGGUACCAAUGAGACUACGGACAGACCUUGGGACAGAGAACGGGACCAUGGCAGCAAUACAAUGUACACUCUGUCACGCCCACUCGCACUAUUUUGCAGGCUCAUCAAGUCACAGUUAUGGAUCUUCAACAGGGAACCAGCGCAUUGAGUCUUGGUGGUCUUUUUUCAGGAGAGGAAGGUCUCAGUUUUGGAUGGACUUGUUUGGAGACCUGCGAGAGUCUGGAAACUUUAAUGGAAGCCAUGAACACCAAUGCUUGCUGAGAUUCUGCUUCAUCUAUGUUCUGCAAAUAGACUUGGAUGAAUGUCGGGAUCUCUGGAACAAACACAGGAUUCGGCGGAGUAGACCUGCAUCGUGUCCUGGGGGGAUUCCAAAUGAGCUCUAUCUCCUACCUCACAGAUAUGGUUCAAGGGACUGUGGAUUUGCUAUUGAGGAGAGGGAUCUGGAUGAGGCAAGGCAAGUGCCUGACCUAUGUGGUGAUCCAGACAUUGAGCAAUACUUACAAGAAGCUGGACAACAAAAUGGACUACAACAACCACAAGACUGGGAAUCUGCAAUAGAACUUUAUUUAACUCUGAAGGACGUGGCUGGGUUUUAGACCCACAAUACUUCCAACAAAGUUUUUCUGUUUCCCAACGACAGUUGUGGUUUAUAAAGUCAUAAACUCAAAUAAAAAUGUUUAAAUUAAAA